AUGGUCGACACUCUGAGCCUCAAAGGAAAGGUCGCUAUUGUCACUGGCUCAGGUCGGGAGAACGGCAUUGGUGCUGGCAUAGCCCUUGCGCUUGCUCGUAAUGGCGCGUCAGUAACGGUCAAUUACGUUUCCGAUUCAACUAAAGAGCGCGCAGAGAACGUCUGCACAAUGCUUCGUGAAGCAGGUGGGAAGGCUAUUGCCGUUCAAACUUCAGUCGACACGAUCGAGGGGGCUCAAAAUCUCGUCAACAAAACGCUUCAAGGCUUUAAUACAGAUCAUAUUGAUAUCUUAGUCAACAAUGCAGGGUCCGUUUAUUUCAGUCACAUCACACAGCAGCCUAACGUGGAAGAACUCACCAAAGUCUUCCAAUUGAACGUUCUUGGUGCUUUUUACAUGGUUCACUACGUCGUUGCCCACAUGCCCCCAGGCGGACGAAUCAUCAACAUUAGCUCUACCAACUCGAAGAGAGGAAAUGUCAACAUCUCUUCUUAUGCAGCAUCAAAAGCGGCCUUGGACAGUUUGACGUGGAGUUGGGCGGGUGAGCUCGGUCGAAGUAAGGGUAUCACUGUCAAUUCUGUCGGCCCUGGCCCCGUAAUGACAGAUUUGUAUCCAAAGGGAAAGGAAGAGGAAUUGUCGAGGGAAGAGGUCUCUAUCACUAGAGCUGCAGACAGAGCUGGUACGACUGAUGACAUCGGCGAUGCCGUACUCUUGUUGGCAAAUGAGAAGUCGAGAUGGAUUACGGGACAGUACAUCAGUGCCAGUGGUGGGGUCACUUACUGA